CUGAGUUUCCCCGAGUGCGGGGCGGGCGCUAGGACCCGGGUGGCGCACCUGUUGGCUGGCGCUGCGCCCCGCCCGCUCGCCCUGCGCUGGGAGCACCGGCUGCGGAACGCCAGGCCAGGGCGCACGCCCAGGACACGGACGCGCGUGGCUGCAGGUCGGAGAAGCGGGGUCGCGGCUCACCAUGGCCGAGCUGCUGCGGAGCCUGCAGGAUUCGCAGCUCGUGGCGCGCUUCCAGCGCCGCUGCGGGCUCUUCCCGGCGCGGGAGGACAGUCCUGGGGAGAACGGCCCCUCGGAGAGGGCGGCGAGGGUCCCCGAAGUCGCGCAUCUCCCCGCCAACCCGCAGGCUUAUGUAGGGAAGCACGUCGUGAAGAAUUAUUUCUACUAUUACCUGUUCCGGUUUUCAGCUGCCUUGGGUCAGGAAGUGUUCUACAUCACAUUUCUCCCAUUCACCCACUGGAAUAUUGAUCCUUAUUUGUCCAGAAGACUGGUCAUGAUAUGGGUUUUGGUGAUGUACAUUGGUCAGGUGGCCAAGGACAUCCUGAAGUGGCCCCGGCCCUCGUCCCCUCCCGUUGUGAAACUCGAAAAGAGAGUGGUUGCGGAAUACGGAAUGCCCUCCACCCACGCCAUGGCAGCCACUGCUAUUUCCUUCACCCUCCUCAUCUCUACCAUGGAUAGGUACCAGUACCCUUUUGCUUUGGGCCUGACAAUGGCUGUGGUGUUCUCCACAUUGGUGUGUCUCAGCAGACUCUACACUGGAAUGCAUACGGUCCUGGAUGUGCUGGGCGGCGUGCUGAUCACCGCAUUCCUCAUCACCCUCACCUACCCAGCCUGGACCCUCCUGGACUCGCUGGACUCCGCCAGCCCCCUCUUCCCUGUGUGUGUCAUUGUUGUGCCUUUCUUCCUGUGCUACAACUACCCUGUGUCAGACUACUACAGCCCAACCAGGGCCGACACCACCACCAUCGUGGCUGCCGGGGCUGGGGUGACCCUGGGAUUCUGGAUUAAUCACUUCUUCCAGCUGGUGUCCAAGCCCACCCCAUCCCUUCCUGUGCUUCAGAACAUCCCACCGCUCACCAGAGACAUGCUGGUUUUGGGGGUGACCAAAUUUAUGGUGGGAAUCGUGUUGAUCGUCCUGGUUCGGCAACUGGUGCAAAACCUUUCCCUGCAAGUAUUAUUCUCGUGGUUCAAGGUGGUGAGGAGGAACAAGGAGGCCAGGCGAAGACUGGAGAUCGAAGUCCCCUACAAGUUCGUCACCUACACGUCUGUUGGCAUCUGUGCCACAACGUUUGUGCCAAUGCUGCACAGGUUUUUGGGAUUGCUCUGAGCCUCCAAACAGUUGGAAACUAGUCCACUAAUGUGAAAGGCAAAAUGUGAGAAAGCAGUCGGGUGGGGCAAUCUCAACCCCUCCUGUUUAAGGAAAUCUUAGGUAAUAUUUUUGUUUUGCUGAUGUCAUAUAGUUAGCUACUGCUGUGGCAUCAGCAAUGUGUUUGGUCUGUAAGGACUGUGCUCCCGUUGACCCCAUCCUGAAACCACACCUGAGGUCUGUAAGGCAACCCCACCCCUUUCUGUUACAUGGACUUAGGACCCAGUCUUGGGUGGAUAGGAAUUGUGGCCUGGCUUGGAAUGGCUUCAAGCCCUGCUGGGCUCUAGAGGGCCAAUAGACCUGAGGUAAUAUGAAGGCAGAAUACUUUUUUUCAGUUCCAACCUUGCCUAAUGCCUAGUCUCAUUCCCCAACUUGGAAUUGGGUUUGGGAGAAAGGGUGGUACCAUGGAAAAUUGCACUCCUUGGGCAGAGUGACGUCUUAGGCUGUAAUCAGACUAAACUGGGCCUGAGUGGGUGGCGAGACUGUUGUGGGAUAGUUUCCUGUGAAGAGACUGUGCGACAGUAGCAGAGCUAUGAGGCCCCCAGGAAGAGCUUGCUUUCUCGCCAGCCCACCUCCUCCAGGCAUUGUUAGUGAAACAAGCAGCUGACCCUCCUCGUAUAGGGUUUGCAGUAUCCCAGGUUCGGUUCCUGCACUAGUCUAAGCCACACUCGAUGGGCUGCUACGUCCUCGCAGGUGAAAACAGGACACGCUGAGACUCCUGCUCGCUCUUGCUUGGUCUUUGGCACCUCCAGUUUAAGUAGCCGUAUAAACUUAGAAAGCACUGGAUCAGCACGAGAAUGAAUGAGCUUCAUCCUCUGGAAGUCUGACCAAGAGAGGCUAGUCAGCCCUGACAUUGUCUCAUCCCCCCAAUGCCCCUAAUGUUACCUCAUCCUUGCUCGGCUACUUUCUAUAGGUAGAAUCAGGGACUCCCUCUCAGUCUUCCCACCUCUUAUCUCUUGGCAAUUUUAAGGGCCAUUCACGCAAGAACAACUUCAGCCUAUUUUGGGAAAAUAAGCCAAUUAAUUAUAGCACCAUUAAACCUAGCGUGGUCCUCCUUAGAUGCAGUAGUUUUUAGGACAACAGCAGUAAAGAGCUCCUUCCCUGGACUCCUGCAGAACCAUGAACAGGUAUCAGCCCAUCCCGAAAAGAUGUGGUAAAUGCAGAGUUACCAGUCUUUUGAGGGAUGGUGCCACUGAAGCCAGUGUUUCAUGAUCCUAACACCUCAACACUAUCCACACAUACUGAACAAAAUUAACCCCCCUUAAAAGUUACCAAGGUUCAGACCUUUGCAUUCAGUGUGCAAACCAAGAGCAACAUAUUCUCUGAUUUGGGAAUGAUGUUCUCUGAUUUUGGAAUGAUGUUCCUUGGUACUGAACACAGUGUUUUAAUUUCUCAAGAAUAGUUCUUGGACUGGGCAUGGUGGCACACGCCUUUAAUUCCAGCACUCAGGAAGCAAAGG